GUGAGCGGACAGUCAGUAGUGUCGCGCGGCGUCGCGCUCCAACGCCGCCCAGCGCCGCUUGCGCCUCCGGCACACGCUACUAUGCAACUCGCGUGCCGCGCUCACUCGUGUUGUGGUGCUUUAUGAUGGUACGGUAUGAGAGUGCAAGAUAUGCGGACGUUCCGUGAGCGACGAGCAGUCGAACUCGCCACCACCACUGCUACAAGUGGGCGGAGAGACGGGACGCGUCCUCGACUACUCAGAUAGAAAGGACGCGUUGCUCGUACAUGAGGUGUGUUCCAGGGUGUGGUGAUGGAGUUGGUAAUAUUGAAAGCGAGAGCCCAACUAAAUCGUCUUUUAUCAUCGUCGUCGAGUGAGCGGCGAGCAGGGCGCGCGAAGAGCGAGGCGCGCGCAGAGGGCGGCGGCGGGGGCGCGCGGGCGGCGGGGCGCGAGCGCAGCAUGGCGCCCGCUGCGCCCGCGCCGGCGUCCGCUGCGCCCUGGCUCAACGCCACGCUAGCGUACAACAUCUCGCGCCUCAACACCAGCUUCGAUACAGAUUACGAGCUACUCAAUGGCAGCUCCACCGAGGAACACAACAAUCACUGGUUCUGUGCCAAGUGGACCAGUGCACAGCAGGACCUUUUUCAGGCAGCAAACCUGUGCUUCGCGAUCGCAUUCUUGGCGCCGAAGAGUUUCAAACAGAGUAUCUUAGUGUUACGAGCGCUGGCUGCAGCGGGCGCCGUGCUGAUGGGGAUGUGGGCGGGCGCCGAGGUCUGCACGCCUGACGUAUUCGCCUGGAGCCUUGCGCUUGUUCUCGUCAAUUCUGUACAUACCAUAUUCUUAAUAAUAAGAUUCCUUCCACCGGCCCUAUCGCUGGAACUGACUGAACUGUACCUGAAGUUGUUCAAGCCUUUGAAGGUGAAUAAAAAGCACUUCCAAGAGCUAACGAGAGAAGCACGCAUUGUUCGACUCGACCCAGGAGAAGCUUACGCGGUAGAGGAAGUCACGCCCGCCGAUGAGAGAUUAUCUAUACUUCUAAAGGGAAAAAUGAGAGUCAGCUGCGACGAGACCCACUUACACUUUAUACAGCCGUACCAAUUUGUGGAUUCACCAGAAUGGGAGGCUAAUCGAGAACAGUCUGACGAUGUCUUCCAGGUGACAGUAGUCGCAGAGGAGGUGUGCACGUGUGUGUGCUGGCCACGCAUGCGUCUUGAGCGAGUCCUGCGUCACCGGCCCGCCCUCAAGGUCGUGCUUGACUGUCUCAUAGGUAAAGAUAUAACGCACAAGUUGUAUUCUGUAAGCGAAGGGUUGAGUGCGGGAGGAGUGAAUGAUCGGGAAGGCGCAUCGGCGCACCUCACACGCUCGGCAAGUGUGGACGCCGUACACGAAGGUGCGCGAGGUCGUCUCCGCAGUGUUGCAUGGCGAGCGCGAACUACCACACCCAAAGGAAAUUCAUACUGGCAACCAAUAGUAGCUCGACAAUUUCUGCGGCAAUCGCCAUUCGGGCGUAGCGUUCCUCAGCCGCCGCGGCUGCUGACACAGGUGUCGUCGGCCAGCCUGCAGCCGCCGGCGCGCCGCCGCAGCCCUCCGCGCCGCACGGCGUCGUUCCGACGCGGUCGGGAAGUAAAGUUUGCGGAGGUGCCGUCGGCCGCGGAGCCUGCCGUGUGACGUGGGCCGCGGCUCCAGCCCGAGCUGGUGCCGCUGGUCGCGUCACGUCCUGCCACACCCACUUCGCCCACCACGAGCCCCUGACCACAGGACGAGCGAACGAUCAUGCCACAUACGACUGACUUCUAAGUUGGAAUCUAAUGCUCACACACAAAAUAAUGCUCCUCGAUGCAUUUGAAUCUUUAAUAAUCUCUGGACUUAUAAAAUGGGUGUGCCGAUGGAAAUGAUUCCAAUAUAUUGAGUUAUUUAAAUAUUAAUAAAAAGAGCUUCCUGUCACAAUAUGUAAAUCAAAAACACUGUUCAGUUGUUGUAUUUCUAACGUUCUGUGAUUAACAUCGUUCGCUCGAAGAUCAGACAUUACAGACUGAAAUGGUUAUUGUGAUUGUUGGUAACAAAUGACAAUUGUGUGAAUUGCUUAGUAAUAAACAAUUGGGUUUUGAGGAGAGAAUAAGUAGUGAGUAUUAAUCACUUGAACUGUAAUGUUUGUGUGAGGAUUUAUAUUAGGUAUAGCAUAGAAUGUAAAUAUUAUAAUACAAUAUGUUACGUUGCAAUAUUACGCUCAAGCACCUCGGAUAACACUACAGUAGCGAUACCAAAGUGCUAAUUUUUAUAACUUUAACAUUAAUGAAACCGUACUGAGAAACAUUAGUUAAAUUGCUGAAUGUGGAUUUGAAUUUAUGAUUAUUUAGCAAAUGAUACAUUUAAAUGUGGCAUUCUAAAAGUAUUUUAAUAUUACUGUAAUUGUUUAAUAGUAUUAAGAUGUGUUAAAUUCGUUAUAAAAGUAUUUAAAGUUACCGCGAGAAUUUAUAUACAAUAUUAUUCAACAAUGUACCUUUUUUCGUUAUUCUAUUGUAACAAAAUGAAUGGUCGCGUUAUUAUCUAGUAUCAUUCACGCUUUGAAACUGUCAGUGACAUUUGUUAUGCAUAAUAAACAUGUAUUAUACACAAUGUAUGAGCACCAUACCAAAUUCAACUUGUAAAAUCACAUAACAGAUCACAAUACUUCAUGUCUAGUUAUCUUUACACUACUAAAAUACGUAUAUAUGGGGCCUAAGUUAACUAAGACUCCAUUAGCAUUUCUGGAAUUAGGAAUUCUUGUAACUUGCUUAUUGUUUUGCUUGCUUACGACUUAUAUGAAGAAAUGUUUCUGACUUUGUUAAUAGGAUUUCGUUAUAUUCAUUCAAUUUUAAUUCUAAGACCACCGCUUUAUAGAGGUUCAUAAUAUAUAUACUUACACUGCAGUGGUUCGAAAAGACAUAAACAAAGUGAUAUAAAAAUGGAUAAUUGUUGACAACGAAUGGUACGUUGUAAGGGACGGAUGGCCAAAUGUGAGUUGUACACUAUACAAGUACGUCGUUAACUUUAUUAUUAAUAAAUAAGGUAGAAUUAACGGACAAAACUGAGUGCAUUAACUAAAUGUCAGCAAAGCCACUAAUCAUAAAUAAGAUCGAAUCAUCAUUGUUUUUUCAAACUAAAUAAUAAAAUAUGUAUCAGAAAAUCGCAGUUAUAAUUAAUAUAAGAUUUUAUAUAAACAUACAGAAAACGCACAUUGAUAUUUCUCGUAUAAAAUUGACAUAAAUGCUUUAGUAAGUCUUUAAUAUGUAUCAUCAGAUCACUGGACGAGUUUCAUCCUUAGCCGUGUUAAAUUAGGUGUUCUCACAUCUGCAUAAUAAUUCACGUCGUCGGUGUUUAGUUGAUGUUGUUGCUUCAUUACUGUACGGUGUCAGACUAGAUGAGCAAGUAGUGUUCGUGUUUAUUAUAACUUUUGUCGAAAUAAAAGUUUACCCUUCGUCAAUAUUCGUUACAUCCAUAAAUUAUAAAUCCUUUGAAACAUUAAUCAACCUCACUCAUUUGCUACUUACCAAACGAAUCUUUUAUAUACUUUAAAAUUAUGUAAAACACUUUAUAAGAAUUUGUACUAUCCGACAAUAGAUACUUAAAAGCAAUAGGCAUUUAGUGUACGUGUCGAUCGUAUGUUUUGUUUAGGUACACAUACAUAUCGUUCUUUAUCUUGUCAUGGUCCCAUUACUUAUUUCUAUAAUGAUAUUAUUCAGACGUCCGGAAUAGACUGCAUUUAUUUGUUUCAAAAUAAUUCAAAUAGAUUUAUCAUACUCGUAACUAUCAUGACGACUAUCAAUGUCUUCGAUGAUAUCUUAAGACUUCGACAAAGAGAGCAGUGUGAGUUUAAAGUAUAAUGUCAUAAGUAUGUUAUAUCUAUGCUACCGUAUAUUUUUAAUUUUAUGAUCAUCUAUUACCAUAACUAGAGCUUAUGCACACUUUUCUCUUUGUCGAUACCUUGGAUAAACUACAAAAAUUUUGGCCUUGCUCUUAUGGUGUAAAAAUAUAACAUUGUAAAAGGCUAGUGAAAUUUUGAUAACUAAAUAACAACUAGACUUGAAAUUAUAAAUUGAUAAGAUGUAAAACAUAAAAAUUUGAAUAAAAUAAUUAUCGUAUUACUCAUAUCCAUUAGGCUUUUCAUCUCUAAGAAAAAUAUUAUUCUUAGCUUCAUAUUGAUUUUCUAGGAAAGAUCAAAAAGGUUAAAGUUACAUGCAAACAUACCUAAAUAACACAAUUUCUUUAUUUAAUUUCAAGAAUAUUAUAAUUAAAGUCUAUGAUACUAAACAAAUUGUUCUUAACUUUGACAUCUUUAUUCAACGUCUUCCAUUUUCAUUUACCAUAUAUCAAAUACAGAUUUAUCAAUAAUUUAAAGUGUGUUGUGAUUUUUCUAAUUUGAUUGAACUUCCAUUUUAAUUAAUAAUAAAUGCAAUCCUUUAUUAUAAACAUAGUAUUAUAAAUUUUAACUGUAAUCAUUGAUUUUGUUAUUAGAUGUAUUCAGUGAUAUCGCUAUAUACAUAUAAUCACCAAUAAUUUGUAUUGUUACAGCACAUUAUGGUAAAUAAAUAUAUUAUAUAAUUUAUUCCAAAUAAGAAAAGUUUAUAAAUUUGACUUUGUCUUUUCACAAUGAUAUUUAUGCGUAGAAUUCAAUAAAAUAUCAUGUAAAGGAAAUAACUUACAUAAAAGUCCUAGCGGUGGCUAUGACUUUUAUUACGCAU